AUGGAGCGACGGACACGAUGCCACCUUGCGCUCUUGCCCUGUCUUCUCCUCGUCGUGCUCGCCUCGCUUGUGGCGGCGAGCGAGGUCACCUCGCCAGUAGCGCCGGCGGGGUUCGAUCACACUUUAUGGACACGCGUCCUCCAAUCCUACGCCUCCACUGCCAAGAUCGAUGGCAUACAGGAGACGGUGGUGGACUACGAGACCUUGCGUCGGCGAGCCGACCCCGACUUCGCCAACUACCUCGACAAGCUGGCCGACUUUGACCCCGCCACGCUGUCCGGCUCGCGAGAGGAGACGCUGGCCUUCUGGCUCAAUGCGUACAAUGCGUUCGCCGUGCGUCAGGUGGUGAACAACCCGUGCCGCGUGGUGUUCGGCAAGUUCUGCUGGCCCGCCCGGAGCAUCCGCGCGCUCGGCGGGCUUGGCCAGAAAAACUGGGACGUGGCGGUGGGUAAGAUCGGCAACAGGGACUACACCCUGCGUCAGAUUCAGGCGGUGGUCGGGAGCCUCAACGACUCGCGGGCGUGGUCGUGCAUGGUGAGCGCGUGCGUGUCGUGUCCCUCGCUCCUCAACACCGCCUACCUCCCGCAGACGCUCGACGCGCAGAUGAACCUCUCCGCCGCCCUAUACCUCAAUGACACCGGCAAGGGGCUCUCGCUGGACAGGAACAGCCUCUCGCUGAAGCUGUCGCCCAUCUUUGAGUGGAAUCGGGACGCGAUCGCGCGGCAGCACGGCAGCGUGAUCAACUACAUACUGGCCUACAUGGACACCAGCCCGGCGACCAAGCUCUUCAUCGCGACCAACGCCGAUCGGCUCAAGGUGUCCUACUUCGACUACAAGUGGGAGCUCAACAGCUUCGAGAACUCCCUGCUUCGGUCGCCCUCCUUCUGGUGA